GCCAGAUGCAGCUCCAUCUUCUCCAGAGCGCCUAGCCAAGGUCCCUCCCACGAGCGCUCCUCAUCUCCCCCUCCCAUGGCCACGCCGGUGCUCCUGCACCAUCGCGCGCGCCGGCUUGGAGCUCACCGGUGACGGCAGAGCUGGCCGUCCUUGCUCCCUCGGCGGCCUCCCUGCUCCCCUCUCCCUUAUCUCCCAUGGCGCCUGGCCGCAGCUCGGAUCUCGCCCGACCCCAAGCUGAGCUCCAUCCAUAGCCGUCGGUCAGCCCCUGCUCCAUGUCCCACGCGCGCUCCUCCUCAAGCUCAUCCCCAUGGCCGCCGCACCCUCCCCUGCAUGCAGCCGAGCUCCCUACCCGGCUGCGCCCCUAGCACUCCUCGACGUCGGCGUCUUCUCCCUCUCCUCGCCAUGGCGCUGAGCCGACCUGGAAGAUCCGCGCUCGCCAGGUCAUGCGCCGUUGCCCAGCUCACCCCAGCUCCUUGCUUCCAUGGCCACCUCUCCCUGCCCCUCCCCAGCGUCCAGACGAGCCAGCUCGCUCCAGACUCGACCUCGCCGUCGUCUUGGUCAUCGACACCACGCAAUCGUCCACGCGUUGUUGUCCUCGCGGACGCCGCUUCACACCAUCACCCUGUUUUCACCAUCCGUGGCAUCGGUGUCGUGAUGUCUUGGCUGCAGCACCAACGUCCUCGACCUCGCCAAAUACGUUCGCUGCUAGGCCCUAUGUCGUUAGGCUAGUCGACCAUGGUCGUUGCCACACGCGCUUGUCCCUGAUGCACAUCGCGUAGUAUUCGGAUCUCGUCGAUUGACUCCCGCCAUCCGCCGUGCUGUGUGCCGGCGUUCCCUCGCGACAGACCACGCCGUCGUCUAACCUUGUUCGCGUUGCUGCAGCACCAUCGUCAUUUGCCAGCUCCAUCACUAGCCUUUCUUAGUAUUUUUUCCCAACACCGAGCCUCUCUGACCUCGCUGUUCGUCGGUGCAAUUUAUGUGUGUGGAUGAAGAAAGCGAAGCCCGUGUACAUAGCUCGCAAGGUGUUCAGUUGAAAGCUUCACCUGGUGCUUGUCGUCAUUCUUGCGGGAUUCAAGUUUGAUUUAGUAUAGUAAGACGAUUCACUACUCCUGCUAUCGAUUCGAUGUCCGAAUUGGUUAUAUAUAUUUGUCGAUGAUUAUCUUGUUUGCAAUGUAUGCAUUGUGGCGGCAUUAGACAUUUGUUAAAAUGCUUCAU